AUGUCUGAAGUUGAUAAAUUGACAUUAGAAUCAAAAGAACUCGAAGGAGGUUUCAGAUCUACUGAAUCCCUUGAAUCUCAAGACCAUGCUAAAGCUUUAGACAAAAUCUAUAGGAAAUUAGAUCUCAGAAUAAUUCCUGCUUUAUGGUGCUUAUACUUCAUGACUUCAUUAGUUGGUAAUUCAUGGGGGCUUACUUUAACCAUGAAUGGUGACCAAGGUCAUUCUUUGGUACAAACAUUGAACUUAACUGGUAAAGAUAUCAGUACUGCUUCUGCUUUAGAUUAUGUUGGUUUUAUUAUCUUUGACUUACCUAUGAAUUUGAUUAUGACUAGAGUUAAACCUCAUACUUGGUUGUCAAGAAUCGUGUUCAGUAUGGGUCUUGUUACUUUCUGUUAUACUUUCUUGAAAGAUAGAGCUGGAUUGAUUGCUAUUAGAUUCAUUACUGGGGUAGCUGUUAGUGGAUUUUGGCCAGGUAUGACCCUUUAUCUUACUUACUUCUAUCCUGUUGAAAGAACAACUAAAAGAAUAGGUUUCUAUUUCACUGCUGCUCAAAUUGCAUGUGCUGUUGCUGGUUUGAUCAAUGCUGGUUUUCAAAAGAUGGAUGGUGCCAGAGGAUAUCGUGGAUGGCAAUGGAUGUAUUUGAUUUGUGGUACUGCUACUAUGUUUGUUGCCAUCAUCAGUUUAUGGUGGUUACCAGAUAAACCAGUUCCUGAUUCUAAUGAUACUAGAUUGAACAAACUUUAUAAUAAGUUCCUCAAAACCUCAUCUCCAUUGACUGAAGAAGAACAAAUCUUACACCGUAAAGACUUAGAGGAAAGAUACAGAAACACUAAAUGGACUCUUAAAGAUUUAGUCAAUGUGUUUUGUGAUUUAAGAAUUUGGCCCUUAAUUCUUAUGUAUUUUGGGGUUGUUGGAACAGGUUACGGUUUGGCCGUCUUUGCCACUACCAUCAUUAAAGCCAAUAAUCCUAGUCUUACUUCCAUCGAUGUUUCUUUGUUGUAUGCUCCAAUUUGGUUAUUUGAUUUUGCUGGUAUCUUACUUAUUACUCCCUUCUCUGAUAAGUAUAAGAGAUUCAGAUACUUGAUCUUUUCAGGGGCUUCAUUGAUCAUUAUUAUUGGGAUGAUUGUAGCUACUUAUGCAGGCUCUUCAUGGAGUAGAUAUGGAGGUUUGUUAAUAGCUGGUUUUGGUUUAGGUCCAACAGUUCCAACUUGUAUGGCCAUGGCAGCAGAAAUUUUUGCUCCUAAGCACAAAGAAAUUGGUAUUAGUGUUGCUUGUGCCCUUGUUAGUGGUUUGGGUAAUUUAGGUUCAGUUGUCGGAACAUAUGCUUUAUAUUCCGGGUGGCCAGCUGAUGUCCCCAGACUUUAUGAAUAUUCAAACAUGAUGUUAGUACUCAUGUUAGGUGUAAGUAUUGUAUCAGCCUUCGUUUGUCAAUACACCAGAGAUUUUGAAGGAUUUAAGAGAUCCACCAAGAGUUAA